CCAGGUUUGGUUGAGGAGGCAGCGACAUUUGCUGCCGCCGGUACUGCUUCUGGAGACCGACAUGGCGGACGCGCCACCCGGGGUGGAUGCGCCGGAGCUCGGCAGCUGGAGCGUCCAGGAGCUACAGGCCAAACUCAACGAGAUCGGCUUCUCCGCCCAAGGUGUACGAGAAGAGCUUAUUGAACGGCUGCAGAACUACAGCUUGCAGAAUGGAGUUGCCUUGACCCGACCCCUGCGGGGUGAUGACAUGGAUAAGGGCCACCCAAUGCCACCGCUGCCGGGGCAGGUUCCUGGCAUGCAGUUGCCCCCUCGGACAAUGGGGGUGCCCCGCAUGCCCCCUCCUCCCGGUAUGCAGAUGGGCUUCCCCAUGGGGGUUGUCCCGCCCGGAAUGGGCCCCCGUCUCCACAUGCCCUCGGUGGACCCUUCCACCCUGUCUGAGGAGGAGAGGCUCAAACUGGCACAGCAGCAGGCAGCCAUCCUGAUCCAACAGGAGGAACGGGCAAAGCAGGGUGGUGAGCGGAUGUUUGAUGAACAGAUCAAAGAUCAGGAGUUGCUCGAACAGCAGAAACGGGCUGCAGCCUUACUGGAACAUGAACGACAGCAGCAGGAAAUGGUUCAGAUGCAGCAGGGGCCCCCUGGACCGAGACCCAUGGAGAUUGGGCCACGGCCAACAUUAGGCCCACGAGUUACAGGUUCCCCUGUGCCUAUACCCCUCUCGGCUGUGCGACCUGUCGUCUCAGUGGCUCCUGCUCCAUUAACUGCGCCCAGCUUGGGACCACGCCUUCGAGGACCUCCCCCACCACCUGGUGAAGAGAACAGAGAGAGUGAUGACGCGGGCCCUGGUCCAAGAAUCCCCCAAGUCCUGGAGAAGAUCCUUCAGCUCAAAGAGCAACGCCAGGUGGAACUCACAGCAUCAGCAGAGGCUUCAGACGAGAUCGAUGCAGCAACAGGAGCCACUCUAACCCCAGCUGAUACUGAAGAGGAGGAACUUGUGUCCUCGCUAUCGAAGAAAGAGAAAAAUCGUAAACGCCGAAACAGAAAAAAGAAGAAGAAGUCCAAUCGGAGCGAGGAGAACGGAGUUCAGGAGAAAGCGGAGAAGUUGGGGGUGACAGACACCGAGUCGGAGGUGGAGGUCGAGUACGUGACAGCAGAGCCCGAAAUCUUUGACACAAAUUUCAUCUACUUCAAGAGGAUUUUCGAGUCUUUCAGGCUGACAGACGAUGUGAAGAAAGACAAAGACAAGGAGCCUGACAAGACGGACAAACUGGAAUCGACGGUGCUGCUGAAGAAAAAGGGCUUUGAGGCAGAACAAAAGGGGAGCAGUGACGAAGAUGAGGACCUGGACAGUGACGAGGAUGUGGAAAAACGGGAUGAUCUCCCGAAGUUAUCAAAGAAGAAAUUACGGAGACUGAAUCGUCUGAGUGUUGCUGAACUGAAGCAGCUGGUGGCCCGUCCAGAUGUGGUGGAGAUGCACGACGUCACAGCGCACGACCCGAAGCUGUUGGUUCACCUGAAGGCCACCCGCAACUCGGUACCUGUGCCCCGACACUGGUGCUUCAAGCGCAAGUACCUCCAGGGCAAGCGGGGCAUUGAGAAGCCGCCCUUCGAGCUGCCCGAGUUUAUCCGACGCACCGGAAUCCAGGAGAUGCGGGAAGCUCUGCAGGAGAAGGAAGAGCAGAAAACCAUGAAGACCAAAAUGAGGGAGAAAGUUCGCCCGAAAAUGGGUAAAAUUGAUAUUGACUAUCAGAAGCUGCACGAUGCGUUCUUCAAGUGGCAAACCAAGCCCAAACUGACCAUUCACGGAGACCUGUACUAUGAGGGGAAAGAGUUUGAGACUCGGCUAAAGGAGAAGAAGCCUGGAGAUUUGUCGGACGAGCUGAGACUGGCCCUCGGAAUGCCUGUGGGAGCUAACGCACACAAGGUCCCUCCCCCCUGGCUGAUUGCCAUGCAGAGGUACGGCCCUCCACCAUCCUAUCCCAAUCUCAAAAUUCCUGGCUUAAACUCGCCGAUCCCGGAGAGCUGCUCCUUUGGCUAUCACGCAGGUGGAUGGGGAAAGCCGCCUGUCGAUGAAACUGGGAAACCCCUGUAUGGCGAUGUCUUUGGAACCAAUUCCCUGGAAUUUCAGGCAAAGACUGAGGAGGAGGAGCUGGAUCGGACCCCCUGGGGUGAGCUGGAGCCUUCUGAUGAAGAGUCCUCAGAGGAAGAGGAGGAGGAAGAUGAGAGCGAUGAAGAUAAACCAGACGACACUGGCUUCAUCACACCUGCUGACAGUGGGUUGAUUACACCAGGGGGCUUCUCCUCUGUCCCUGCGGGAAUGGAGACCCCAGAACUCAUUGAACUGAGGAAGAAGAAGAUUGAAGAAGCCAUGGAUGGUGGCGACACACCCCAGCUGUACAUUCCAGUGCCAGAGAAGAGGACAGCAACAAUAGGGGGAGCCAUGAUGGGCUCGACACACAUCUACGACAUGUCAGCGGUGAUGAGUCGCAAAGGGCCAGCCCCUGAGACCCAGGGCAUCGAGGUGGCACUAGCACCCGAGGAGCUGGAGCUUGACCCCAUGGCCAUGACCCAGAAAUAUGAGGAGCGAGUCCGGGAGCAGCAGGCCCAGGUCGAGAAGGAGGACUUCAGUGACAUGGUCGCAGAGCACGCGGCCAAACAGAAGCAAAAGAAGAGGAAAGCACAGCCAGCAGACAGCAGCCGCAGUACCAAGAAGUACAAGGAGUUCAAAUUCUAACCUGAGCCAAUUCACAGCCGUCACUCUCACCCUCUCUCCACCUCCUAUCGUUGUAUUAAAGUUCUGAUUUUUUAACAA